AUGGUACUUUUCCUGUUUGUCCUUUUCCACCCUUUGAGAACGCCCAUCCUGGGUGGGGCUAUUGAACAAGGCCUAGCGGGGGCCGGCUCAGAGCGAAAAGUCUCCAAGUCACCCGAUUCGGCUCCAGAAAUCUCAGACUCAGGCUUGAUGUUCUUCUUUUCGGACUUCGAGCGCGUGCCAGUCGGGCACGGCGUCUAUGAGGUGGAGUACAAGGCGCACGACCUGUGGAUUCUUUUCGGCUUCGUCAUGUGCUUCCUCUGGGUCUACGAGUUCAGCACGGCAAUGCGGGGGGCCCCUGAAGUCUAA